AUAAUUUUGUUACUAUAUAGAGAAAGUUUGUCAAACACUUAUGUGGUCCUUUUCAUCUCCAAAAAUUGAUACAAUAUGGCGUAGUAAGUUACGAAGUUGUUCGAGCCGUUUUGUUAUAGACUGUAGAACUUACAAAUAUGAAUUCAGUACAAGAAAGACUGAAGUUAAAGAGGAUUCCAAUAGACACUUGGUCUAUCAAGGAGAAGCUAUGUUUAGCCUCCGCUGUACUUCGAAGUGGAGACCAGAACUGGAUGUCCGUAAGUCGAGCACUGCGACUCUUUGGGGAGCCUGGACGCCCUGUAGACUGGUUUUCACAGAAGAGCUGUGCCCUGCAGUAUGGGAAUCUGCUGGAGAAUGUUGAUACACCAAAACGGAAGAAGAGAACUGACAAGUCUGGCAGUGAACAUGUUGAAACACCCGGAGAAGCCAUUGUGAGGAACCUCACUCAUGAGAGAAUAAGCGAACUGAAGAGGCUGCUGCAGGAGGAACGGGCCAUGUACCUGAAGAUGAAAGAGGAAGUGGCUCAGAUCAAGGCAGGACAAGUCGAUGACAAGCUCGGAGAGAUGUGCCAGCAGAUUGAGGUGGAAGAGAAGCAGAAGGAUCGAGAUGCAGAGGCACACAAACAAUGGUUGCAGGAAAGACAAGAGAAGAAGAUCGAGCUGGAGAGAGCGUGGAAGCCUCCAGUGACAGCAGCUUCACCGCAUCGUAAGAAGAUCCAGCGUGGCCCUGGUGGGAGUCGCCGCAAUAGCAGCCAGUCCGAGCCAAGUAGUGAAGCAGACAGCGUGGUGGACAGUCCCCUGAGUGAGCCACUCAAUGUAGACGUGAUUGGUGAUGAAACCAGUGAAGUUCUUGCUGAAGUUAAACCAGUGGUGCCAACCCCAACUUCCCCACUGUUGACAAGUCUACUAAAGAGCCCGUCGCCUGCCCCAUCAUCACAGUCAUCAAUUCUGCAUUCUGCCAUCACAGCACAUCAUCGUGGAGUCUCCAGCAACCCCACUAUUACCAGCCUUCUGCAUUCAUCACCAGGUAUUCCUGCCCCAGGAGUAUCGAGCGUGGCGCCUCCACCUGUUACUGUCUCUUCAAGCCUCAAGAAUUUGGUGACUAGUGCUAUUGGAACUGCAGGUGGCGAAGACAUGCCCAAGCCAUCCUCCACAUCACCUGCUGCUGGAGCGCCCACACUCUCCAUGUUGCUUGAGCUGCCACCUAGCCUACCUGGCAAGCCCCUGCCUGAGUUGCCUGUCAGCAGUGUUGCCAAACUUCCCAACCAGCACCUGCAUCCCAGCACCAAUAAAGCAGAGGAGGUGUGUCAUCCUCAGCACCAGGAGAUGCGAGUGCGCCGUGAAGUCGGCACAGAUGAACCGGUUGAAGUGGUAGAAGUGGAGCAAAAUUCUGAUGCGGUAACGAUACCGAAUUUGCGGGACCAGGUUGUGGGAAUGGAGGUGGUUGUGGGGCCACAAGACAUCAGGCCCGUGGAUCUUCCUCAUGGACCUUCACAGAAACUGAUAGAUGAAGAACUUGAGGUUGUAUCACAAGCCAUCGCCGAUGUUGAGAAGAUGGAGCAGGAGGAGCAUGCCAGCAGAAAGGCGUUGCUUGAGGCGGAAUCCUUGUCGGACUCAAAGGAGGCAGAUGAUAAGAGGGAAGUCGCAGAAGACAUGUUGGAGAAUGUUCACAUGCUGAUGGAAAUGCCAGUUGUAGUUGCAGACUCUGGGCCAGAACCCGAGACGGUCGCAGAGGUGAUAGAGGUGCCGGCACUUGGGUCCAGGACUAGUGACGCAGAAAUUGUCAUUGUUGAUGGCAGCAUGUUGGUUGGACAGGAGGAGGUACCACCAGACACACAGUGCCAAGUGGUAGAAGUUGUUCUUACUGGAAAGAAUGGUGAUGGUAGCAAGCAAGAUGUCAUCAGUGAAGGUACUGAGCCUGACGUUCAUCAAGAAGCAUUUGAAGACGGUAACGAGAAAGACGUUUCUUUGCCCGAUAAGACGGUGACAGUACAGGAUAAACACUGGGACAGCAUCAGGGAGAAUAAAGAAGAUGAUUCAGUGGAAAAGACUAGUACUGACGUCGCAGGCGAGAAUGAAACUCUUAUUGGCGAAGCUGUCAUUAAUAAAGAUUUUGAAUUGGAUGAAGGAUCCAGAAUUGAAGUUGUAGCCAUUGAAAUUCCCACUUCCAAAGCAGAAGAGAUGGAAAUCAAUAAAGCGAAUGCAGAGGAAGAUCUCAAUAAAGAGAAGGUGCAAAGUGUAAAGGAGGAUGAAGAUGAAAUGGUGGUGAAAGAGAAGAAGCAAGAUGCACCAACGGUUGAAGCCACGGAGUGUGAUAAAGUUGACAGUGGAAACGAGACGGGUCUGGAAGUUACACAUGCUGCCACGAAGGAGUCGUACUCCAGUGAGGAGACACACGAGCAAGAUAUAGAUAGCUGUAAAAUUAAGAAAGAGUUAAUAACAAGUGAUGUGGAGAAAGAGGUAAAGAAAGAAAGUUUAGGGGGUGAAGUUGAAGAGAAUGGAAGGGCUGAGAGAGAUGUUGCUGAUGCAGUAGAGAAAGAGGAUUUGCCAGCACCAGAACCUCCAGGUGGAAAUGUGGAGGGUGUGAAGAAGGAAUCAAUGAAGCAAGAGGUAGAGACAGAGGAUUUGAUGACAGAGACGUAUGAAGUGACGGAGAAGAUCAGUGAGGCAGCAGAGGAAGAUGACUCUCAUGCUGAGAGCAGUGAGGAUGAGAAAAAAGCUGGCGAGAAGCCGUGGACUGCUGCAGAACAUGCGGAGGAACCCAUUUCAGAGAAUACCAGUGUUUUGCACAGCAGUACAGGAGGCAAAACAUGGAAGGAGGACGAUGAAGAGGAAUAUGAGGAUGAGGACAAGAAAGAGAAGGGAGGAGGUGAUGAACUGAAGCAGGCACCUGACAACACAGCCACGCAGAAGGUAGCAGCGAGGGCUGAUACCCCAUCCACUGAGGAUGACAAAACAAAUGAUGCAGUGGAACCACCACGAAAUAACCGACGACGAGGCAUUAUUGUAACACCUAUCGACUCUGUACCAAACAGUCCAGCUGCACCUAUCACUGAUGAGGAUCGUGAAUAUCGAGCGUGGAAGAAAUCCAUCAUGCUGUUGUAUGGGCGCCUAGCCACACACAAGUAUGCCUCACUGUUCCUGCGUCCAAUAACAGAUGACCAAGCUCCAGGGUACAGCGGUAUUGUACACAGACCCAUUGACCUGUCUACGAUCAAAAAGAACAUCGAACUGGGCGUGACACGGACGACAGCCGAGUUUCAGCGUGACGUUAUGCUCAUGUUCCUCAACUCCAUCAUGUAUAACAAGACAAGCCACUUUGUACACAAGAUGGCACGCCAGAUGCAGCAAGAAGGCAUGCAGCACGUACAGGAUUUCCUGACAACACAGAUGCUCGUCCAAGUUGUGGGAGAAGCCCCCCUGAGGAGGGAGACCCGUACGACAGAAGCCAAUAAACAGAGAGACUUUCUGAGUACUCCUGGCGGCUCUUCCAGUCAGGAUGAGACUGAUGGGCCCCCAUCUCAGAACAGCAAACGCAAGCGGCCAGAACAAGACCGCGGCUCUGCGAAAAAGAGAAAGUUGGGUGCAGAUGAAUAAUGGAAAGUCAAAACACAUCCUUCAUAUGCAGCUACAUUGUACUUUACCCCAGCACAGAAGAGUUUUGAAUAAGUUUUGUUAGUAGAUGUGCUUUUAAAGAUGUUAUAGAAAGAGAUAAUAUGAGUUUGGCUGAAAGAGUACCUGAAACCAGGUAAUGCUGGCUUUGUAUCAUGUGCAGGGAUCAAUUAAUGUUGACUUGGUUGACAAGUCAAGUACCAAAUAUGACAUAUUUCUUUAUUCAGAAAAGUUAGCACUUAUAUGAAACCCGUAUAACAAAUAGAUUGUUUAUUCCUAUUUGUUCAUCACAAGGGAUCUCACAACUUGUAUAAAUUUGUAUCCAGCAUCAUACCGUCUGUUUUCUGUUAGAUCUUUAGAGCUUACUUGGUUUACAGUAAGUCUAUUCACAAGUUUCGAAUGAUUCUCAGUGUAAAAAGAGUUUAUUUCCUUAAACAGCAUCAACCUGUUGAUAUUUGUAAUGGUGAAGAGGUGUGUUUACUUUGUGGCACGGACUCAAUUCUUAAAUAUAAUUUAGAUCACCUUUGA